AUGCCACCAGACGAGGACGAUCCAGUCAUAGCCUCGUACGAUGUUUACAUUUCGUCCCCUCCUCUUCCACCAGCGAUAGACAAAACAAACACAGGCGAGCCUCGAGGCCCUGAUGCCAGCUCUUCCGUAAUGCCGCAAAAACAGCCAAAAUACUACGUACUUCAAUAUCCAGCUCAUAGGCCAUCCUCGAAACCAUACAACACGGCCCGUUCGCAACGUCCAAGCUCUUUCCGGAUAAAACCAUCAACGGGUAUCGUCGAAGUCGACGUCCCUAUACUUACCACAGACAACUACAACACUCCCUUGGGCACUUCACUAGGUCGUGCAAUGCACGAUUCACAAGUCGCAAACCCAUACACCGGCCACGGACUUAGCGGUGGUUUUGCGCAAAACGCCUUGAAUGCACCACCUCACGGCACCAAUCUGGACGACGAAGAGUCUCAUCUACGUGACACAGCCCUCCGAACACAAACAUUAGGCGGCAAAAUUUCCACCUCAACAGACCGUGACCCGGUCUACAUGCUCGCCAACCUCAACCGUCAGUCUAACCAGAUACGCCUUCGACACCUAGACGCCGUAGUCCAACUCCGGCCACAACUCCACCACAUCGACGCCCAAGAAGAAGCCAAGCGCCGAAUCGAAAGUGCUUCGAAAACGAAGGCCGAACCGUCACGACAGCAACAACAACAGCAGGAUCCAGACAGUAAGGUAAAGCUAGAAACCAAAGCUAUCGAGAUGAAAAUUAAAGAUACCUCGAGAGAGGAUGCGAAGGAUAGAAAUCUUAAUCUUAAUGCACGAUUGUUACGGGAUAUCCAAAAUGAGAAGUGGAAAAGGUACGAAUGGAUCGAAAAGGAGGACGAAGUAUUCGAGCAGAGUCUAGCAGGGAACACCAAACUCUUCACGAAUGCCGACGGCGCCACUCACACCCAGCUACGCAGCGCACUCGACAACGACGAAUGGCUGAAUCGGAUGAGUAGUCCCGGCAUCGAACUGCGAACACGCCUGAAAGGACGAGAUAGGGAGCGAGCACGACGGAAGCGGCAGGAGCGACUGCGAGCCACAAAGGCCGCAGCUGGUAGUGAUGCCGCGGUCGCAGCUGACGACAGCGAGACUAGUUCCUCCGAUGCUGAGGGAGAUGACGAAAUGAUUCAGGACAGUGCUGAGGGACCAAGUAGUCCCGAAGUGCGGAUCAAGGAGGAGGGUGCGGGCGUGGAAGGUGCAGUUUUGAGUGCGAUGACAGCACCCGCGCCAGCGCCCAAGAAAAGAGGUCGGCCGCCGAAGCACAAGCAGGCUGAGACAAUUAACCUCGACUAG